AUGGAUGCACCACGCACCUACAAGAAGCUUCUUACGUAUGAUAAGGUCUUGAGGAAGAGGUAUACAGUUUCAGGACUUGGGCCGAGGACUCACGAUUCUGAAAUUUUGGUCAAAGUUUUGCGUUUUUGGCUAAACGAUCACCCAACUUCUGCUAAAAGAUUAGAGCUCAUACUAUCUGAUGAAGAGGGAGAGAAGAUUCAAGCAACUGUGCAUGUUUCCGUUUAUGAGGCUUAUGAUUGCAAGGUCAACGAGGGAGAUUGGAUUCUCAUUAAGAAUUUCGAUGUCACUACUCAGACAGGACAUUGUAGAGCUACUUGGCAUCUAAAUCGAAUAUACUUGAUGCCAACAACAAUCAUCACAAAGAUCUUUUUCGCUAGCGUAAGAAACUUCUUCAAUUUCGUUGAUUUUGAAAAAAUCAUAGAUCGUUCAGACUGCGAUGAUUAUUUAGUAGAUUUGAUAGGAGAGGUUGUCAAUAUAAGUGAAUCUACUAUUGGAAAGAGGCUUGAUUGA